UCCAUCGAGAGAAGCGUAAACACGAAACAUACGCUUUCACAUCGCGAAGGCGUAAGGCCAGGGUCAGCUUCCCUCGGGCACAUAGUUAUCAUUCAUUCCCAAAUCACUGUGAUCGGCGGCGGUAGGGGCGUAGGGCGGCGGCGGCGGAGCCUAGAGGCGAGGCUUGGUGGCGGCGCCCCAUGGCAGUCGGACGGAGGGCUCGGGUGGUCGGAUUGCGGUGGCGACCUGACUGCGGCCGGUAGUUCGGAUUGCAUCGUGGCUUCGGUGGUCGGGUCGCGGCGAAGCACGGCGGCGGAGGCUUCUGUGUGAAGGCCGACAUGGUCGCAGCCUCCCGCGAGCUCCCCACCCACCUCGGCACUGAAGGACCCCAGAGCACAUGAUGGUGCUUCGAGCCUUGCAAUGAAGAAGAAGAAAAAUGCCAACUUGACAUAAGCCUUGUACCUGCGAGGAAGCAGAGCCAUGGAGGCGACGGGGGUGAGCUUAGGGAAGGCCGCACUAGGCGGCGCCUUGAGCUACGCCAGUUCCAAGGUGGCCGAGGAGGUCGCCCUGCAGCUCGGCGUCGAGCGUGAUGUGAACUUCAUCAGGGACGAGCUGCAGAUGAUGCAGUCGUUCCUGAUGACGGCUGAUGAGGAGCAAAGCCAGAACAAGGUGCUCACCACUUGGGUGCGACAGAUCGGAGUCCUCGCGUACAAAGUGGAGGACAGCCUCAUGGAUUUCGGCCUCCACUCAGAGAAAAAGCCAUUUUUGGGGUGCAUUCCCCGUGACCCAGGUGAUCGACGCCGCAUCGCCAAGGAGGUGAAGGAGCUGAGGACCAAGGUAGAGGACGUGAGCGACAGGAACUUGCGGUACCGCCUCAUCAAGGAGAGAUCACGCUCCAAGCUUACCGCAGCAGAGGAGCAGGCCCGCAUUGCUGCUACGGCAAUGUUUGGCAUCAAGGAAGCGAAGCUUGACAUCGAUAAAGUGAGGAUUGCCACCUUCGAACAGGAAAGAUCAUCAGAGGUGGACCUUUGCAAACUGAUUACCAGCAACGCUGUAGACCUUAGGGUGAUCUCCGUGUGGGGAACUAGCGGUGAUGUCGGGAAGACGUCCUCCAUCAAGGAGGUUUAUGAUGACCCAGAGGUAUUGAAGAGGUUUGGAUUCUUUGCUUGGAUUAGAUUGAUGCAUCCUUUCAAUCCACAAGAGUUCCUCUGGAGCAUGGUAAGGCAAUUUUAUGAAAAUUCCCGCGAUGAGGUUGGAAAGGCAGAACAAGAAACAAGUGUCGGGGCUAAUGUUCUUUCCAAGAUGGAGAAAAUGGAUCAGAGUGAUUUAAUCCGUGUGUUUAAUGCACAGUUGUGUAGCAAUAGCUACCUGGUUGUCAUAAAUGAUCUGUCCACAAUAGAAGAGUGGCAUUGCAUUAAGAAGUACUUUCCUGACAAUAAGAAACAAAGUAGAAUCAUCGUUUCCACACAGCAAGUUGAAAUUGCAAGCUUGUGCCCGGAGAAACCGUACCAAGUUUCUGAGUUAAAGCAGUUCUCAUCUGAUCAAACUAUUUUUUUGUUCCACAAGAAGGAUUCAGAGGAGCAGGCCGGCAUGGGCAGUUUGAGUGUGGUAAUGUUUGAGAUCAAUGAAGAAGCAAUGGAUGCUGAUGCGGAAAUGGAAAAACUGAAGGCUAUGCAUGAGUCAUGUUCUGCUGAGCCCAUUUCGGACUCAAACAACGCUACUACUACUGAGAAAAACAUGGCAAUGCUCCCCGGUGAAAUACAUGAGGAAGACGAAGAACCUAAGAAUGCAGGUGAAGAAAAAGUUCAUAACUCAACUGCUAGAAAGAAGGCUAAUCGCGACAGGACGCUAGCACUAGCUGAUGAAGUGCUCUGUGGGCGAGAAAAAGAGACAUUUGAUAUUAUCAAAUUAGUUGGCCAACCAGACAACAAUCAAGGCUGUAAGGUGAUCUCAGUUUGGGGAACUGACGGUAUUGGAAAAACCACUUUUGUCCGACACAUCUACCAAAGCCCGCAGCUUGGUGGAUGGAAGCGUGCCUGGGCCACUGCAUCACGUCCUUUUAACCAUGAAGUACUCCUUAGAACUUUGGCUUUCCAGCUUCUGUAUACUAUUCAAGAAGAUCCUGCCGAAUCAACUAGAGAGCAACAGAAAAGCAUAUCUGUGAUGAAACUUAAAGAGCUGAAGGAGGAGCUGGCUCGGUUACUGAAAUUGCAAAGGUGUCUUAUUGUUCUUGAUGAUAUAUCAUCCGCUCUUGAAUGGGAUGUUAUCAAAUCGUGUUUGGAUAAUGCUGGAAGGAUCAUCGUCACCACAAGAGAAGAAAAUAUUGCUAGACAUUGUUCAAGAGUAUACAAGAACAUCUACAGUCUUGAUGGUCUGAAAGAUGAUGCGGCACUCGACCUCUUCAUAAAGAAGGUAUUCAAAUACAACAUUGAAAAUAAUAAGUUGGGCCCAGUUAUGAGGGAGGAAGCAAGAGCUACCCUGCAGAAAUGCGCUGGACUUCCCCUUGCAAUAUCAACUAUCGGUGAAUUCCUAGCCACUAAGAGAAAAACUGAUGUUGAAUGGAGAAUGAUGAAUGAUUGUAUUAACACUGAAUUGGACAUGAAUCCUGAACUUAGGACAACAGUUCUUAUGAGGAGAACAAUAAAGACAACUCUUAUGAGGAACUUCAAUAGUUUGCCAUACCAUCUCAAGUUUGCUUUCUUAUACUUGUCCAUCUUUCCAGAAAAUCACAGAAUUAGGUGGGGUCGCUUGGUGAGGCGGUGGAUUGCAGAGGGAUACUCAAGGGAUAUGCAUGGCAUGGCUGCAGCUGAACUUUGUCAGACAUACUUUGAUGAGCUCCUGAAUAGGAAUAUGAUCCUGCCAAAGGAAGGGGUAGACCAUUACAGUCAGAAAAUCAAGUAUUGCCAACUUCAUGAUAUCAUCGGUGAAAUAUUCAUCUCAAAGGCUAGGGAGGAAAACCUUGUUUUCACACUGGAGGAAGGAUGCUGUUUGAGCGACACAGAAGUUGCAAUACGUCAUCUUGUCAUAGGCUACAACUGGAAAAGGGAUGAAAGUGUGUUGCCAAGCAUGCUAGACUUGUCACAUGUACGGUCAUUGACCGUGUUCGGAGAGUGGAGACCCUUUUUCAUAUCCGAUAAUAUGAGGUUCCUCCGGGUGCUCGACUUGGAAGACACAUCAGGGUUAAGAGAUCAUCAUCUUGAUCAAAUUGGGCAGCUUCGUCACCUCAAGUACCUUUCUCUACGAGGAUGUCACAACAUUUUAUGCCUGCCUAGUUCCUUGUGCAAUUUGAGGAACCUCGAAACACUGGAUGUUAGAGGUACACGUAUUUAUGAGUUGCCAACAACAAUCACCAAUCUUCAGAAGCUCCAACACCUCCGUGCAGAUGGUUAUCAGAACAGUGAUAAUGUCAAGGGAGAGGAUGACAUAGUUAACAAGUAUGAAGGUUACACCGAUCGUUUCUCUGCAUGUCAAACAUGUCAUCUUUUCUUGAGACCACACAUGUUAGAUGCUGGUUUGAACAGGCAUGACAUUUUCAAUAUAUGCCGCUUCAAGAAGGUAGACGUAGGUGGUGUUGUACUUCCUAGAGGGAUUGAUAAAUUGAAGGCCCUUCACGCACUAGGUGUUGUCGAUGUUUCUCAUAGAAAUGGAAAGGCAACUCUAAAAGAGCUUGGAAAGCUUAGUCAACUGCGUAAGCUCAAAGUUGCUGGCAUGAGGUACAGAAACAGCACUGAGUUAUGGUCUGCCAUUGCUGGUCACAAUCAACUUCUAUCUUUGUCAGUUGAAGCAGAGGAAGAGGGCUGUCAGUUAGAUGGUUGUUUCAGUGAGGGUUUGGUGCCACCGAGCAGCCUGGAGAGCCUCACUCUCGUUGGUCAUCUAGUCAGUGCAACAGAAUGGACCCAUAAGCUUCAGAAUCUCUCCAAGUUGGUGCUAGAGAGCAGCAGAUUGGAUUGAGAUGAUGACAUACAAACCAUCGGGUUUCUACCAAAACUUGCAGUUCUACGCCUGAAAUAUAAUUCGUUUAUUGGGACACAGCUCUGUUUCGAGAGAUCAUAUUUCCCGAGUCUUAUGGUUCUGGAGUUCGAUGGAUUAAACAGCCUGGAGUGGAUGCUGUUUGAAGAAGGCGUAAUGCCUAAGCUCGAGCUGCUACAAGUUGGUGGGUGCUCAAAGCUGAAUGCAUUCUCCGGGCUGCCAGGCCUCACAAGUCUCAAGGAAAUUCAGUUGGCUAGGCAUGGUGUCCCUGAAAAUGUGACCAAACAGGUGCAGAAGCAGGUGGCGGAAGUGCGUGGGUGCAGUGGCAGACAUGGUCUGCCAUUGCUGGUCACAAUCAACAGGUCAGGGUGAAUAUUAUUGUUUGUGUAUAUCUCUGGACAUGUAUGUUUCCAUCCGAUUGGUGUUGUGUACUUGCUCCUGCAUUAUACAAUACUGUGGGGAUUGUGACUCUGGUACUACUAGAUACCGUUCGUAUUUGUAUGUGUGCUUGCUUGUUUAUCUUUACUGAUUGCUGAUUCAUAUCAAUACAAGUUGCUAUGGCCAGUGAAUUUAAUUUAAAAGACAAAGGAUACCGCAAUG